UUUGUACCCUCUGUAAAAUCUGGCGAUUUGUCAAAGAGUUUCCUGUGGUAUACCGAAACUCCCGCGAGCCAGGUAGCAGGCUAUACUGCAAUUGGGGCCUAUUGCAUUGGUUGUUAUCGGAGUGUGUGAGCGCGACAGAAAGAAUCUUUCACAGAAAGAUUCAGAUGCACGUGCGUGCGCUAAACAAAGGUGAACAAAGGCUUAAGGGGGGCCCCUUAAGACCCAGGCCACAGCGUGCUGUACAUGAUGACAAAAUUACCACACGACCAUAGUAACACACUUAUUCCCAAGAGACGCAAGCGUAAAAAAGACCUAGAUAUUUUUCAGCCUAUAUUUCAGCGAGCUGUCCGUGGCGUAAUCGACUAAGACAGGGCUGGGAUCCUGGUUAUUGCCUCCCCAUUAAUGCGCGGGUACCUCAGGUUCCUUUGUGUUGUACAGUUCGCUAGAUAGCGGUGCUGGGGCCGAAAUCUCCAGCCUAGCUGUAAAGCUUCAAGCUGGCAUACGGCGUUUCAGCGUGUGUCUGGAAGUAUGGUCAAUUUUUUUUUAUAGUGGUCUGAUUAUACAUUCGCAUCUUGGGCCAGUGGGCUUAUUUUUUUUUCGUUUUUUUUUCCUUUAUCAAUUAUCAAUACUAUUAUAGUUGGUUUAGUCCAAUCACACAUAUAUGAAUAACGAUAAUUUGUUCUUUAUGUCUACGAUAUCCUAUUUCUGUGGAUUCCUGUGGAAACGCUGUGGAAACGCCUGGCGGAAUUUGACAUCUUGAGUUCUCUGUGCAGAUCGUCUAAUUACUUCCCGAGGUUUUUCUAAACUUUGUUUAGCCUAGAUCAUGGUUUAUUUUAAGGUUGACAUACAUAAUCACAUUCUUCCAGAAAACUGGCCCGAUCUUAAGGAGAGGUAUGGAUAUGGUGGAUGGAUACAACUUGACCACCACUGCAAGGGAAAGGCCCAAAUGAUGAAAGAUGGAAAGCUUUUCAGAGUGAUCGAGGAGAAUUGUUGGUCACCUGAAGCUCGUAUUAAAGACAUGGAUGCUACAGGUGUUUCUGUGCAAGCCUUAUCAACUGUUCCUGUAAUGUUUAGUUACUGGGCCAAACCGAAAGACACUCUAGAUCUCUGUAAAAUUUUGAAUGACGACCUUGCCAUGACUGUGGCCAAGUACCCUAAGCGCUUUGUUGGACUUGGCACAUUACCAAUGCAGGCCCCUGAUUUGGCACUUGAAGAGUUGAGAAGAUGUAUCAAGGAGCUAGGUUUUCCAGGUAUUCAAAUUGGAUCUCAUGUGAAUGAAUGGAAUCUUGAUGCACCAGAGCUUCAGCCUAUAUUUGCCCUGGCAGAGGAACUUAAUGCAGCAAUUUUUGUACACCCUUGGGACAUGGAACUUUCUGGAAGAAUGUCCAAAUAUUGGUUACCAUGGCUUGUAGGUAUGCCUGGUGAAACAGCUCUAGCGAUGUGCUCCAUGAUAUUUGGUGGUGUUUUGGAGCGCUUCCCUAACCUGAAAGUGUGUUUUGCACAUGGAGGUGGUUCCUUCCCCUUUACUAUUGGAAGGAUAGAGCAUGGGUUUAAUGUAAGGCCUGAUCUUUGUGCCGUUGAUAAUCAAGUUAACCCAAGGAAUUAUCUUGGUCGUGUCUUCACGGAUUCUUUAGUGCAUGACACAAAAGCAUUACAAUAUUUGGUAGACACCAUGGGUGAGGAUAAUGUUGUUCUUGGAAGUGAUUACCCCUUUCCUCUUGGUGAACAUUGCCCUGGCAAGCUGAUAGAAAGCACCUAUGGGAAAGAUCCUAAAGUCAAGGAUAAACUUCUCUAUGGCAAUGUUAUGCGAUUUCUUGGUCUGGAUAUUGGCAUGUUCUCUUCGGAUGACAGUAAAGAAUCAAGCAAAAAGCAACCUUCCUCAUCCCAGUGACAUGAUAAAAAUCAAGCAAACUGAUAUCACAUGUCAUGUUAUAAAUUCGACCCAUCUCUGCCGUGGUACAUGAAAUGAGUAAAGGACAACCAUGUGCUCAGUGACGCAAUGUAAAACAAUCACCCCAAUAUGACACAUGCAACAUUACAUAACCCUUUCAUGCCUAAUGGCAUGUCAUGUAACACCGAGAUAAAUGGAUAGUAUCUCAUUUUAUAUAACUGUGCAGAAAAGGACAGAAAGAAGUUUCCAAAGUUUGCUUGAUGUGCCGAUGUCAAUUUGUUAUAAAUAGCUUUAUAGGGGUGUAUCAUUUUUCAACUGAAAUUGUGUAACAAUUUCACUGUGUUUUUAGUAUAUAGUAUACAUUAUUUUUAUAGGAAGCCAAAGAAAUGUGAAACAAAAAAAAAACGAAACUAAUAAAGGUGUGUAUGUGUUUGUCUAA